AUGGCCGCCCCCGCCCUCUCAGCCGGGUUGAUCGAUCCAACCAAACAGGCUGAGUAUCCCAUUAUCUUGGGUGACAGGCUUUUGGGUAGAAAUGGCACCCCUCGGUCGAAGCUGGUCAACAUCCAAUAUAAUUACAAGACAAAAUCUGCGACCGCGCAGCAACGAUCGACCAUCUCAAGGUCGUCGCAGUCGAGGGAUCAUUACAACCUUACCAUUACAGACAAAGCCCCAAAUGCUGAACAGAACACUUUGAAAUACUCAUACCAAGGCAGCGUCGAUCCAGAACAAUCGGUUUCAGAACCUGAAGAGCACAAUCUGGUCUUAGUUUUCGAUUCACAUCGAAAGGCAUUCGUCCUAGAACCGGUGACGACACAGCUCAACUUUAACCUUCGCUCAGCGCCAGCAAAAACGGAAAAGCAACUGCUAGAACAGUUUAAGCAGCUUCGAACUUUACAGGAAGAUGACCAUGCCUCAAGCGAUGAUCGAGCGUCAGACAAUACCAGUGGGUAUGACGACGGUCCGGCAGAUGAUACAAACCCAUACGACUUCCGACAUUUUCUUCCCAGGGAAAUUGGCGACGACGACAAGUCAGUCUCGGACAAUGCUACACCGGAGCCUCAUUAUAAUACGAGCAAAGUUAAUACCCCAUUGAUGCCGGCGGUUAGCAAACCUACACCGAGUCCGAAGCCUCGACCUAAGACCCAGGCUAAAGCCAACCCUCUUCGUCUACCUAAUCCCGCCAAACCCGCCAGGCAUGACAGUGCAGGAACCUUAAAGACAGGCUCUAAGCCUCAGCAUCAUGAUGAUAACGAGAGCGAGAAAGUGUUAUCGGAAGAUGUCACAGUCGACACAGCCAAAUCCCAGUCCUUCGAAAAUGGGAGUAGCGCAUUGGUAUCUCAACAGCCAGCUCCAUCGCCCGGGUCCAAUAUCAUUAUUGAUGGAGACCUCAUCAUUGAUAUGGGCUCACCACCACCUUCACGCCCUGCAUUCCGAGUCAACCCUGCUCACUUCUCUUCCAAUAACACACCAGCAAAUAAUGAGGAUGAGGAUAUUGAGGAUUUACGCCUGCCCUCUCCGGCUGGGCACGGAGGUAUGCCUGCUCGUUCUGAGAGAGUGGAACCCGCUUACAACGCGCAAGCCGACGAAGAUGAAGUUGAGGACGAUGAUGCCUUGGCAGCAGAAAUGGAGGCUGCAUUUGAAGAAAGUGCACGGGAAGAGGAGGCCAGAAGUCAGCAGUCACUACACCAUUAUACUCCUAGUGAGGAUGAGAGUGAAGUCAGUGAGGAGGACAUAGCAGUUCAAUUCUUCAUGGCGUCCGCUACUUCGCUAUCGGAGCAGCGACCUGUCCCCGCGCCGUCGAAUCCUAUCCUUCUUGCGUCACAAGUCCAAUGGCUUUUUAACGAUGAAGAGCUCACGCGUGCGCCGUCGCAGCUCGACGGUAUGGCACUGGAGGCGGAACAUACAAGUCGCAGUAAAGGGGUUAAUUUUAUAACUCAAGUGGGUAUAAUGUUGAAGUUGCCCCAACUCACUAUUGCAACUGCUGCUGUUUACCUACACCGGUUUUUCAUGCGCUACAGCAUGGUGGACCUGCCGCAACGACCGGGAAUGCACCCUUAUCCGAUUGCUGCCACAUCGUUAUUUCUAGCAACAAAAGUGGAGGAGAAUGUACGUCGGAUGAGAGAGCUGGUGGUUGCAUGUUGUCGAGUAGCGCAGAAACAACCCAACCUAGUCGUGGACGAGCAGUCCAAGGAAUUUUGGAAAUGGCGAGACACGAUCCUACAUCACGAGGACCUGCUCUUGGAAGCCCUUUGCUUCGAUCUCCAACUCGAACAACCCUAUCGCAUUCUCUACGAUUUCAUCUGUUAUUUCGGCGUCAACGAGAACAAACCCCUCCGCAACGCCGCAUGGGCUUUCGUCAAUGACUCCAUGUUCACCGUCCUUUGUCUGCAGUUCUCAGCUCGAAAUAUUGCCGCUGCCGCCCUUUACGCCGCUGCCCGGCAUUGCGAUGUGGGAUUUGAGGAUGAUACAUCGGGUCGACCCUGGUGGGAGCAGAUCGACGUGGAUCUGGUGCAGGUGCGUCGCGCAUGCACAAGGAUGGCGCAGUUAUACGAGAACAAUGCCAUGCAAAAACAUAGCCAGUACUACCCGACCACCCCCAUCUUCGCAGACGAGGGUACUGAGAAGACCAGGAUCCCGCGCGCUGACAGCCCGGCUGGUGGUACCCUGCGUGAACCAGACACCGUCAAUGGACGGAAGCGAUCAAGGGAGCCCGAAGACGAAGCGCAAGGCCGCCCGGAGCCGCCUGCUCCUCGCGAAGAGGGACCAGACACUCCGAUGAACGGUGAACGAUCUCCGAAACGACAGCGCAAGGGCUCAGAUGGUGCACAAGAUGCCCCAACCGAAACGACAGCUCCUCACGCCCCCGGGGCACGACCAUUCCCCAACGACCGACAUCACACAAACGGUCACCUCCCUCCAGUUCCCCGCUACCAACACCCCUUACCUCCCGCCCCGCGAGCCUUCCCCCGACGCGACAGUGAUAGCCGCCCAAGCGGGAGCGGUGCAAGACCGGGCGUCGCAGUCGACGACCCAAUCCAACAACGGAUAGAUGCGAUUGUCUCCCAAAACAUGACUCCCCGAGACCACGGUCGACGCAACUCCGACCGAUAUCGCGAACACGACGACCACGGCCGAAGACGCCGUUCAGAUAUCUCCUCCAGCAGCAGGAAAUCCAUCGAUGAGCAGCAUCCUCCUCCACCGCCGCCUCCGCCAUCCGAUAAAACUCAGAACCAACAACCGCCGCCGCCGCCUCCCCCACUACCGGAUCAGGACGAGGAAGGCGGGGGAAGUGAAGAGGGGGAAUUAUAA